AUGUCAGAGCCCGUCAACCUCUCUGCACAACACGCGGCCGAGCCGUCCUCGCCGCCCAAGGCGCCGCUCGCCCUCCCCGCUCCGGGCGACGUCGAGGCAGGCGUCAGCCAACUCGAGGUCAACGGCCAGAGCUUCAGCCUGCUCGACACGAUGGGUCCGACCGUCGUCAACUCGGACGGUACCCUCUCGCGCAUCGCCAACUGGAGCGAGAUGAUCCCGUCCGAGCGUGCACGCAUCCUGCGCGUUCUCGGCAAGCGCAACGGGGUCCGCCUCGAGGCCAAGCGGGCGGAGCUCGAGGGGCAGGAGGCGGAGCAGGGCGGCACGGGAGCAGGGCAGUGA